AUGGGUCUUAAAUCGUGGUUUCCGAUUCCCAAAUCAAGCGGCUUCUCGCUAGCGAAUAUUCCGUUUGGCAUCAUCUCUACGUCGGGCAAUGCAACUCAACGAGCAGCCGUGGCUAUUGGCGAGCAUUGUUUAGAUCUGGGACGUCUCGCGGUACGAGAUGGCUUUAGUGAAUGUGAAACGAAGGAACAAUGGCAGACCAUAUUUUCCCAACCAACAUUAAAUAGCUUCGCCGCGCUCGGUCGACCAGUACAUCGGUCUGUACGCAAGUACAUUCAAGACCUCCUGCGGGAAGAUACGCCUUUUCCGCAAAUACUCAAGGACAACCAAGAACUGCAGGACUCAUGCAUAUUCAAACAGGACGAGGUUACCAUGCACUUGCCAAUGCAGAUUGGUGACUACACAGAUUUUUAUGCCGGCAAGAAUCACGCCUACACCAUGGGUUGCAUUCUCAGAGAUCCUAAAAACGCGUUGCAACCAAAUUACAUGCAUUUACCUGUUGCUUACCACAGCAGAGCAUCGUCAGUGGUUGUCAGUGGAACUCCAGUUGUGCGACCGAACGGGCAGAUUUUGGAAAAUCCUGCUGCAGAAGUUAAAAAGCCCGUUUUUAAGCCGACUCAGAGGCUGGACAUCGAACUAGAGCUCGGCGCUUUUAUUUGCAAGCCAAACCAGAUGGGUCAGCCUGUACCUAUUGCAGAAGCAGAGGAAAACAUAUUUGGACUAGUGCUGCUAAACGACUGGUCGGCUCGAGAUAUUCAGGCAUGGGAGUAUGUUCCUCUUGGUCCCUUCAACGCCAAGAAUUUCGCUUCGACAAUCUCUCCAUGGGUGUGCUUGAUCGACGCGCUGGAGCCUUUCAGGACGGAGGGUAUCAAGAACGAGAACGAACUCUUGCCGUACCUACAAGAAAGGAAUACCAAGAACGUUUUCGAUAUCCGGUUACAGGUUGAGUUGACGCCAAAGGGGGGGAAACCUUCUGUCAUCUCCAACAGCAAUGGCAAGUAUCUAGUAUAUUCUUUCCCACAAAUGUUGGCUCAUCACACCAUUGGUGGUUGCCCAAUGAACGUUGGAGAUCUCAUUGGCUCAGGCACAAUCUCAGGCACUGACCCAGGCACACAAGGUGCAAUGGUAGAGAUCACAAAAGGUGGAAAGGAGACUAUCCAGCUUGAAGGCGGCGAGGAGCGGAAGUUCUUGCAGGACGGUGAUACGAUGAUUAUACGCGGCGUGUGUGGUAAUGAGGAGGAUGGACUUGUUGGCUUCGGAGACUGCACAGCCACAAUCCUACCUGCACCCAAGCUUUACCAAUAA